CCCUCUCCCUCUCUCUCGCUUUCUCUAUUUCAAUUUCUCCUAUCAGUGCAUGGUGAUCCGGUGAGUAACAGUGUAUGAAGUAGCCCGUUGCCAUGGCGUCAGAUGCCAGCCACAUGCUGGAGGCAGCCUUGGAGCAAAUGGAUGACAUUAUCGCUGGAGGGUUCUGCGAGGCCUUCUUGAAGUUUGGGGCCCAGGGUUACCACUCCCAGGGUUCGAACUCUGCCCCCACCUUUGCCCUCACCUCAGCCAUUAACCCCAACAUCAGUGUGCUGCAGCUGGUAGAGGAUCUCAGGGUAGCCCUGGAGGGCCAGGUGGACCAGGAGGAGCAUGAGUCCAUGAGGAGACAGGUCCCCAUGGACACAGCACACACCCUGUUAGAAUGGCUGGAGAAGGGAGGGGUGAGUAGCGUCAACACAUCCUAA